AUGACGGGAGCGGUGUCUCCGCUUAAGUCUUUUCCGCCCCGGUGCCGGGAGGGCGCCGGGCUGGGCAGAGCGCUGUGCGGGGCAGGGCGGAGGCGGCUCCUCGCUUCUCCGCUGCCGCCUUUGUGCCCGGCCGGAGAGCGGGAACCCCGCGGAGAGACCGGAGUAGACGGAAGAGAAGCGAGGAAACCAAGUCAGCCCCGGCCCCGCGGAGCAGCUGGCCGGGAGACCCAUGGUGCCCCUCUCCUCCCUCCCGCCCGCUGCUCCCGAGACCGGAGCUGCCGCCGCCGGAAGGGGAACGCUGCCGGUAAGCGGGAGCGGAGCGCGCCUCCUCCCCGGGGGCGGCUCGUUGCUGCCGCCCAGCCCGCUCCUCGCUUUCCCUCGCGGGAACGGCCGAGCGGAGGAAGAAGUUUCCGAGCCCGGCCGCCCCACGACGCCCUCCUUCCCCCUCCACCCCACCCCAGGCCCCAGAUAUCGAGCCAGUCCGCCCUCACCUCCUUCCGCGCCCGGACAGCUGGCGGCGGCGGGAGCUGCGACCCAGCUGUGCGAGAGCAGCGGCUCCUCUCAGAAUCGCUGCGCCGGCGGCACCGGACCCCGCUCCCACCCGCUGCCUUUCCCCGGGACCCGCCCCCGCCGGCGAGCCGGAGCCCGUCGAGCCAAUGGGCUUUGCCCUGCCCCCCGCCGAGCCAAUGGGCUUUGCCCUGCUCCCCGCCGCCCCCAAUGGCGGCCGCCGACGCGGCCGAGCCCCCCCCGCCGCCCCCGCCCCGCCCGCCGCGCGCCCAGCCGUUGGCCGCUGGGAGCCGCCCGUUGGCGGGGUCCCUGGCGGGGCAGGGGCGCUGGGCCAGGCAGGAGGCGCGGGGGUGGCGUUGUGGCCGCCCCGAGGGGCCGGUGGAGGUGGGAGACUGGUAUGGAUGGCCCUGGCCGAGGCGAAGGUGCCGGGCCCGCCGCGCUGCCCCGGCCGUGCCCCCUCACAGCCCCCUGUUUGCGCUCUGCGGCUGCCCGCACCCCGCCAAGCCGCUCCCGGGCAGGUGGGAAGCCCGGCUGCAAGGGCAUGCAGGCUGUGUUCUGCAGCUGCUGCACAUGGGCCGCUCAAGAGGGUUUGGGGCAAAAAUAUUCGUGUUGUUAAGGAAAAAUAUGGCAGUACAGUUAAAAUACAGUCGAGUGUGCUUCUCCAAGGCGGCUUUCACUAUGAGAAAAACACACACUCCUGCUGCCUCCUCAUUUGACCCGUGUCCAAAUUGCAGUUUAAAGAGAUCAUUUGUGUGGCAUUGUGCUACUGAGACAGUAUUUGAUCUUUGACACAACUUGGCAAAUCCAAUGACUCUCAGUUGCAAAAGCCUUUGAAACACCCUCCCAUUGACCUCACACUGCCCACUGGAGGCAAGGACUUGAAGAUAAGAAAUCUGGAGAGAAAAAUAUGAGCUGAUGUAGUUUCUGUAGGAGCUUAAGAAGGUUGCUACCAAGAUUAUCCCAGACGUUUGUGAGGUUUGCUAGCAGAUCAGAAGAGACCAGAAAUCAUUCCAUGGCUGUGGUGAAAGGAAGUAGCUACCUUAUUAACACUGACCUUCAAUUAACUGGCAACUCUAUCAUUCUUCAUGGCACUUCUCAAAGGAAGCCCUUCGAAAUCAGAUGAGUUUACUGCAUGAACUGGAUGAUUAUCCCUGGGACACAAUGUGGAUGGUAAGGACAAACAGCUGGAGUAAGGACAGUGAGAACAACCAGAACUGGGUCUGCUGCUGAGAGAAUAUUUCUGGUGAAUUGCACCUU